AUGCAAAAAGGACGUCAGGGGAUUUGUAACAUUUCCGAGGAAAUACAAGAAAAAAAUCGCAUCACCUUUCUUUCAUGUUUGAACAGUUUAUGGAGAAGGCCCCUUCCUCUGGCGUCAAGUGUCUACUGCACAACUGAGGGCAUCGCCAACAAUAUGAGGUUACCAGCAGUGGUUGGUCUGUCUGAAACAGAUGCACUCUCCUCGUUGCAGGCAAGUUUCCGAGCGGAACAGACGAAUGAUUAUGACCCUACUUCCCCGCCUUACUAUUCGAACCCUCCCCCGGAUUCGGACCCGGAUACUAUCAACCUAGCGUUCUUGAUCAGUCUGUCGGUUACGUUUGCCAUCAUGAUGAUCAUGCUAAUCUUGGCAGCCGCGUACGUAACGUUUUUCAGCGAUGAUGAGGCGGAGUACGAUGAAGAGAUGGGAUACGGUGCGCGCGUUGGUGCUGGCGGGAGAAGUCGUGGUUUGGGUAGGUUGUUCAAUAAGAAGCGGAGUGAUGUGUUACUGGACUCGUCGUUUGUGCAGGCACUGGAUACGGAAAACGAUGAAGCGUUUAAGACGCUAGAGAGUGCUGAGCUUAAGAAAAUGUCCAGUUUUGAAACGGAAUUGUAUCGUAGAGCACAGGAGUACUUGAAAAUGAAUCCCCCAUGCGUUACAAAAUUUAAUACGUUUGUUGAUGAACACGACAGGUCAGUUUUGAAGGAUAGAGGGAUCCAGUCGUACUAUUUUUUGCCUAGUAUUAACGAUAAUGUUGAUGAGGAGGGCCGGUUUUUACCCAGUUUCCUAGUGGAGGACAAACUUGACAUCAGUUUCACCGAAAACAACAAGAGCUCGAGUACCCUGUUGAACUUCCCACUACCAUUCAAUAAAAAGGACGCUGUGUAUUUUGAGGUGAAGGUAUUCAGACACGAGAGAAACUCGAACAGUAUAUUUAGCGUUGGACUGACAACGGUCCCCUACCCGUACUUUAGGAUCCCAGGGAUGUCUAACUUUUCGAUAGCGUACGAAUCCACUGGGAAACUAAGAGUGAACAACCCGUUUACGGCGCCCACUUUACUACCUAAAUUGGAGGAAGGUGACGUUGUUGGGUUUGGGUAUCGAUACAGGACCGGGUCGCUUUUCAUCACGCAUAACGGGAAGAAGAUCAUGGAUGUGGCGCAGAAUAUCCGCGUUGAUUUGUUUGUCAGUAUUGGUGCGAUGAACGCUUCGUACACGCGGACAUACACAAGGGAUGGGCUCUUGGAGGACCCUGAUAACGUUUCGAUAAGGGACAGUCUCUCGGAAGGUGAGUACGUCGAACUCCCAAAGAAGUUGCAGAGAGUUUACGAUAUACGGCGCGAGCCUGUGGAUAGUGACCCUAUUGAGUUGAACGUUAAUUUGGGUAAUAUUGGGUUUGUCUUUAUAGAGGCUAAUGUGAAGAAGUACUCGUUUGGCAGUGUCUAUGGAGACAUUGGCAUCCCGCCAGUGUACACCGGUGCUGGGCAGAACAAUGACUUGCUGUUGCAAAAAGGCGAGGACACUCCACCGAAAUAUCCUACGGAGGCAGUUACUGACGAUGACGAUGAAGACCAUGGCGUGAUAGUUGGUGCCAGCGGUGACUUGGACACGUACGAGCACAACUCAUCCGCGUAUGACCAAAUGCAUAAUGAUACCCCCACGGGAAGGAAUGCGCUGAUACCGAGCGGUCUGUCUGUUAUCAUGGAAGAGGAAGUGAGUCCAUCAGACGAUGAGACGUCGCCCCUGAUUACGACAGAGCCUGCUGUGAAGGACAAGAAGAAGAAACAAAAGAACAAAAGAAAGGGCAAGAAGAGAAGAGGUAGGUCUUAA